AUGUCAUACAUAACGUCAUCAAUAGUGACACUCUCACUUUUAACAGUGGGUGGCUAUAUGUUAUUCACGGGAGCCGGUGAAUCAUUCAACGUUGGAGAAUUUUUGGAAAGCACAUCACCAUAUAUGUGGUCGUCAUUGGGAAUUGGCUCGUGCAUAUCGUUUUCAGUAGUGGGAGCUGCAUGGGGUAUAUUCAUCACUGGUUCUUCGAUUAUUGGAGCUGGUGUUAAAGUGCCUCGAAUCACCACUAAGAAUUUGAUUUCAAUUAUCUUUUGUGAAGUCGUUGCCAUUUAUGGGUUGAUCAUGGCAAUUGUGUUUAGUGCUAAAUUGCAAAGUGUUGACAAAGAUGCUUUGUUCUCAAAGGAGAAUUUGUAUACUGGGUACUCGUUAUUUUGGGCCGGGUUGACUGUGGGUAUUUCGAAUUUAAUUUGUGGUAUUGCCGUUGGAAUUACUGGAUCUACUGCUGCAGUCUCUGAUGCAGCCGAUAGUUCGUUGUUUGUAAAGAUAUUGGUGGUUGAGAUUUUUGGAUCUGUAUUGGGGUUGUUUGGGUUGAUUGUUGGACUUUUGAUGACUGGUAAGGCACAAGAGUUUAGUUGA